GGAGGCGGUGAUGGAGUCAGGGGCUUCAGUUCAGCUCUUCAUCGGCGGCGCGGGAGGUCAGGGCGCCGGCGUCGCGGCGGUCGUACCGUCGUUCCCCAGAGGAGCGGAGACCAGGAGGAGUUUGGUGGCCGGAAGAGGAGCAACGCUGGCGGCUUCGGCAUGAGCUGGUGGGCCGUCAUCGCUGUCAGCGGCGGGAUGGUAAACAUCCGGCGGUGGAGCUUCGGCGAAACAGCGAUCCUUUCCAGGUGCAGUUCAUCCAGGCAUCUAGCCGGCGCUGGAUUCGGAGGACAGAUCAAGAUGAAGUUUACCAUUGCCGUCUUACUGGUUGGGUUGGUCAGUGUUCGUGCACACGAUAGCGGGCAAAAACAUACACAUACAGAAGGCAGUUAUAGGAGCAGCUCCGGCAAUGGCAAUGGGAACUAUCAUUCCAGAGGAGAGGGUGAGGUUGGGGGUGGUUCCUACCAAUCAGGAGGUGGUCAGAUCGGAGGAGGCCAGAUCGGUGGUGGAUCCUUCCAAGUUGGAGGUCGAUCUCUCGGCGGUGGAUCCCUUGGUGGUGGAUCCUUCCAAGUUGGAGGUGGAUCUCUCGGUGGUGGAUCUCUCGGUGGUGGAUCCUUCCAAGUUGGAGGUGGAUCUCUCGGUGGCGGAUCCUUCCAAGUUGGAGGUGGAUCUGUCGGUGGCGGAUCUUUCGGAGGCGGCAGCGUGGGUAGAGGCCAGCAACAGGUGACCGGAGGCCCGGAGUUCUUCACCACGACCAGAUACGGACCCAUCGCUAGCGGCGGACUGAGAGGAAGCGGAGACAGGAGCAGCAGCCUGACCUUCUCCAGGACCGGUACCGCCACCGGCUCCCUGUUCAGCAGAGACACCACCGAUGCCACAGAGACGGCGAAGAAGACUCGCGGAUACGAGUACAAAUACAGAGAGGGACACGAGUACACGCAGCCAAAGACUCUGUACAACUAUGAUAUCGAGGAGCCCGUCUGGGGAUUCGCUGACGUCGACGUUGUCUAUAGAGGCGAGGGCGGUGGUGCUGGUGGCGCCAUCGGUGGUGGCAGCAUCGGCGGUGGCAGCUCCGGCGGUGGCGCCAUCGGUGGUGGCAGCAUCGGCGGUGGCAGCUCCGGCGGUGGCGCAAUCGGUGGUGGAAGCAUCGGCGAUGGUCAACAGGUCGUGUCUGGAGACCGUACCAGUGGAGGUCACGGCGGACACUCAUACCGAGAGGGACACGAGUACACUCAGCCCAGGACCCUGUACAACUACGACAUUGAGGAGCCCGUCUGGGGAUUCGCUGACAGCGACGUUGUCUAUAGACGCGAGGGGUGGCGAGGGCGGUGA